GCCAUUUUCGUUAUCUUCUUUGUCAUAUAUCUCUUUAGAUACUAUCCGAUUAUUCCCCUUUGCAAAGUGACAUCAGAUACUAUUCUAAGCAGUGAAAUGUGGGGUGUCUAAGAAUCUAAUAUAAAAGCAUUUUUUUCUCUCUUCGCCAGAUCCUAUGCUGAAGUGCAAGCGGAAAUCUGUUUCUUUAUCCAAAUGGCAUCUGGUACCACUCAGGUCGACUCCUCUUUAUUACCAAUUCCAGAGCCGCUGAACAUUAGUGUUACUCCUUGCACUGAGUUCCAAGGGCCACCAAACGCCUACAAAAACCAGUCAAAUCCUCGAGGUGCUUUUUUCCUUGCAAAUUACAAAACAUACUCCAGUCCAAACCUCAAAACAAGGUUAGGUUCGGAAAAAGAUGCCAAACACAUAGUUCACCUCUUUGAACAAAUGGGUUAUACUGCUAUUAAAAUAAUUCUGGAUGCCACGAGAGAGGAAACACUGGCAGCACUUCAGAAAUUCAGCAAGGAGAAUAUACACAUGGAUGUCGACUCUCUGGUGGUGGUAUUCAUGAGUCAUGGGGAGGAUGGUAUAAUGUAUACAUCAGAUGAAAAGAUAAUUCAAGAUGAGGAAGUCAUCGAGUUCUUCAACAACAUCAACUGCCCUGGCCUUGAAGGGAAGCCUAAAGUUUUCAUCUUCCAGCACUGUCGUGGACCAAAUGAACACAUCGUAAUUUCCAAAGCAUCAACUGAUUCCAAAAACAAGGGUCGUACAUCUUUUGAAGUGAAAAGCAUCCGAACUAUAAUAUCUGAUGUUUAUAUUUGCUUUUCAACUCUGCCAGGCUACAAGUCCUAUAGGUAUGACGAUCAUGGGUCGAAUUAUAUCAACACAUUCUGCAGAGUUUUCAUGGCUGAAGCUUAUCGCAAAGAAAUGGAUGGCCUUAUGAGGCAAGUAGAAAGAGAACUGCCAGAUGCAAUAUGUGCAGCAAUACACAGAUUGGGGAUCAAACGGGAUUUUUAUUUCAAUCCAUAUUCCAAAGAGGAGACUGAAUCGGUAAUGAAAAACAGAGGCGCCAUGGCUAGUAACGAGACCUACAGGACCAGAAGCUCACCAAGGGGCCAUGUCCUCAUCAUUAAUGAUCUUGAAAAUUGCAAGAAAGACAUUGAGGACCUACAGAAAAUUUUCACAUCACUUGGAUUCAACGUUCUCAAGCCCUGCAGAAAUCUCAAGAAGGAAGAGCUAAAAGAAACACUUCGCAACUUUUCUGAAAGGCCUCAUCAUGAUUCGGCAGUUGUCAUAUUCUAUGGAGCAGGGAAUGGGAACAACUUAGUGUCAGGUGAUCACUUAGUAACAAGUUUCAGUGAGUUCACAGAAAUCUUUAAUGAUAAAAACUGCCCAAACUUAGCUGGAAAACCAAAAUUAUUCAUUCUGAAUACGUGCUGCACUGAUGUCAGGUCAGAGGAGUCACAUAACAGUGAAGUGGAUGAUACAGAGGUGAGUCUCCAGCAAGGUUUAGGUGAGCUAACUGGGCUGAGUACAGAUGGCAACACUGAGUUUGAAAUAGCACAAAGCACAGUAGAAAUUUCUGAUGAGCGUGACAUGUGUCUGUUAAUUGUAGAAGUUGAUGGGCAGUGUAAGGAAGGUUCGUUGCUAACAAAAGCACUGUACCAGGUUCUUCUCAAGCAUGCCUGCGACAAAGAGCUUAUGACACUCAGCAAAAUGAUUCUACAGAUGUUAGAAGAUCUACAGAAAGCAAAAGGUGGCGAACAGUACUACCCUGAGGUAAGGACCAUGAAAUUCCUGCACGACUAUUAUUUCAAUCCACCAAAAGCUGAACAAAAUCCACCCCCUCCACCCAAGCACAGCAAAAUCCACCUUGAAAGAGGCUAUUUCCCUCAGAAAAGGCUGAGUGUGAAGCAAGUGAAACAGCCUCGAAAUACCCACUCUGAUUACAGCAACUGGUCGCGACCCCAUGGCCUGGCACUCAUCAUUUCCUUUGACAAAUACAAAAGUGAAGAGCUCCCCGACUGCUCAUGGCGACAGUACAAUGCAAACAUGAUGUCAGAGCUUUAUAAUGAUAUGGGAUACAGGACAGUAAUUUAUCGUAAUCCUACGAAUUCUGAGGCCAGAUCUUGCAUUGAAGAAUUCUCAGCAAGGAGGGAACAUUCCGACCUCGACUCGGCGGUCAUCACCAUCUUAGGCCUUGCUAAAGACUGCAACACCUUCUACUGUGGAGAUGGAGAACCUCUUCACUUAUCGGGUGUUUAUUCUCCCUUCACGGAUACCUCUUGCCUUGCUCUGAAAAGGAAACCCAAGCUCUUCUUCUUCCACAUGACACAGAUGCAAAAAUGGGAAAUUUCCGAGGAAAGCCCACGAAAAGAGCUGAGAGAUGCCUUUGUUGUACGCCUUGUAUCGAAGGUUGGUGCAAAUGGCCUUCACCCAAAGAAGGGCUUAUGGGCGUGGAGGAAUGCCCUGGAGGAACACGCCCACGACACUCACCUGGAGUGCCUGAUAAGCAAGGCAGAAGAUUAUCUGCAUGAUGAUGCUUGCAAUACCAGGGUAUCUGACGAACACUUCGAACGCGAGCCGUGCUUUCUUACUGGAAAAUUCUUCCUAAAUCCGAAGAAACUAUGAAGAUUGGGAUGUAAAGAUGCCCCACUCUUUUUUUCGAAUAAAAUGUGAGGUAUACAGAUCAUGCAAUUAGUACUGACUGGGUGAUGAGGCAUUUUGAUAUAGAUUGUUACUUUACAGGUUGAAAAUAAAUGUCUUGCAAUGAUGUUAAAGUGCAUUAAAAAAGAAAGAAGAAUAUAUAUAUAAAUAUAUAUAUAUAUAUUGUAGAGUGUACUAAUUAUCGAGAGGGCGUGGUACUCCAGUUGGCACUUCCUGCGACACCAGUGCGCACCUGAGUCACCUGCGCAUGAUUCAUAUGGUUUACUCUACACCCGUUUUCUUUCCCCUUCGUUAUGUGUUUACAUUAAUGUUGCAGUUGUUGGUUUUGCGGGUCCCACUUUUAGUUCAGUAUUUUAAAUUGCGUUUUUAUAUUAUUUAAUCUCUAAACCCAGUUGUGACGCCCCCGAUUUAAGUAAUCUAUAUUUCUGAAAUAUAAGGCAGAAGGGUGUUUUAAUAUUCCAGCAGAAUUUUACCAAAGCCUGGACACUCAAAGGAGAAAUGUUAUGCUCAAAGUCAUUAAUGAAAUUUAUGAGACUGGUAUUCUCCCUGAAAAUUUUGUGCAAAGUAUUUUCAUACCUAUACCUAAAGUUAAUAAAGCCAAAAAUUUUGGUGACUUUCGAACAAUUAGCCUAAUCAGUCAUGCUUCAAAAAUACUUCUUCAUAUAAUUAAAAAUCGAAUCACACCCAUAGUUGAAGCCAGUUAG